CAUUAACAGACAGCGGAAAUAAAUUAGGAGAGCCUUUCGCGGACAACGAAAUUGUUUGGAUCCUGGCAAAAAAAAAUCUAACUGGAUGAUAAAACGUGUAGCUGCGGAGCUGAUUGAUGCCCAUUUUUGCUCGGUGUUGCGGAGCCGUUUUCAUCUCUAAGCAGCCCAUGUUAAUCCAAUAGGAUUUUACUCCAAUACAGCAAUAGGUUUUAUAUAAGCUUCGAGAAUGGGUGUAAAAGCGGCCAGAUGAAAAUCUUGCACUGAGAUCUAACGGUCGGGUAGUUAAUGUGAGAUAAAAUCCAAUCUAGCAGAAGAAAACUGGAAAAAUGCCCACGGGGAUGAAUAGAGGGGGAUCUCGGUCCACCAGCUCCCUUCCUCCAGAUCCGGUGGAGAUCAUCAGGAGCAAGGCUUGUUCCAGAAGGGUAAAACUCAACGUUGGGGGACUUGCACACGAAGUACUGUGGAGAACCUUAGACCGGUUACCCCGGACACGGCUGGGCAAACUCCGGGAUUGCAAUACUCACGAGUCCCUUAUGGAGAGCUGUGAUGAUUAUAACUUGGAUGAGAACGAGUACUUUUUUGAUCGUCACCCAGGAGCUUUUACAUCUAUUUUGAAUUUUUACCGCACGGGCAAGUUGCAUAUGAUGGAAGAGAUGUGCGCUUUGUCCUUCAGUCAGGAACUUGACUACUGGGGGAUAGACGAAAUCUAUCUGGAGUCCUGUUGCCAAGCCAGGUAUCAUCAGAAAAAGGAACAAAUGAACGAGGAACUGAAGCGAGAAGCUGAAACCAUGAGGGAUAGAGAGGGAGAAGAGUUUGAUAACACCUUCUGUGCAGAGAAAAGGAAGAAACUUUGGGACCUUUUAGAGAAGCCUAGCUCCUCGGUGGCCGCCAAGAUUUUGGCAAUAAUAUCUAUCCUUUUCAUAGUAUUAUCAACAAUUGCCUUGUCACUCAACACACUUCCUGAACUACAAGACAUGGAUGAAUUUGGACAGGUCACAGACAACCCACAGUUGGCUCACGUGGAAGCUGUGUGCAUUGCUUGGUUUACCAUGGAAUAUCUGCUGCGAUUCUUGUCAUCACCAAACAAAUGGAAGUUCUUCAAAGGUCCACUGAAUGUCAUUGAUUUGUUAGCCAUUUUGCCAUAUUAUGUCACAAUUUUUCUCACGGAAUCCAACAAAAGUGUGCUUCAGUUCCAGAACGUCAGGCGAGUGGUCCAGAUUUUCCGUAUAAUGAGGAUUCUACGAAUUCUCAAAUUGGCCAGACAUUCUACAGGCUUGCAAUCUCUGGGUUUCACACUCAGACGAAGUUAUAAUGAACUUGGAUUGUUGAUUUUGUUCCUGGCCAUGGGCAUAAUGAUAUUUUCAAGUUUGGUGUUCUUUGCUGAAAAGGAUGAAGAUGACACAAAGUUCAAAAGCAUUCCUGCCUCCUUCUGGUGGGCCACCAUCACUAUGACUACUGUUGGAUAUGGUGACAUCUAUCCUAAAACCCUUUUGGGUAAGAUUGUUGGUGGACUGUGCUGUAUCGCAGGGGUGCUGGUGAUUGCUCUUCCUAUACCAAUUAUUGUGAAUAACUUCUCAGAGUUCUACAAGGAGCAAAAGAGGCAGGAGAAAGCAAUAAAAAGAAGAGAAGCACUUGAGAGAGCUAAGAGAAAUGGAAGCAUUGUCUCAAUGAACAUGAAAGAUGCUUUUGCUCGCAGUAUGGAACUUAUGGAUAUCGUUGUUGAAAAAAAUGGAGAAAAUAUGGACAAAAAUGAAAAAUUGCGAGAUAAUAGUCUUUCUCCCAGCAAGUGGAAGUGGGGAAAGCGUACUGCAUCUGAGACCAGUUCCAAUAAAUCUUUUGAAACUAAAUACCAAGAACAAAACUCUCCAGAAAAUGUGCGCAACCCAAAUGCUAGCCCACAACAUCUAAAUGUACAGAAAUUAGAGGAGAUGUACAGCAAAAUGGCAAAAACACAAUCUCAGCCCAACAUGAAUGUAAGUCAAAUGGAUCAGACAUUUAAGGUUAAGAAACAAAAUCAAAUAGAGAUGGAGAAAAUUUCUGUACCCUCUGACCCACUAUUAAGCACACCAGAUGGAAUUGUGGAUAUGAGAAGCCUGUCGAGCAUAGACAGUUUCAUCAGCUGUGCUACAGAUUUUCCUGAUGCAGGGAAAUUCACUCACAGUCCUGCAGUAUCUGUGCUCAAUAAGGCUUCUGUGAACCCCGAUGGCAGCUAUUAUAAGAGUCUCUUGGGCAUCAACACUAAUAAUGCAGCUUUUAUCUGUGCAGUGGACAAGCAUGGCCCCAACUUCUCUGAAAAUCCUGAAGGCUCAAGCAGACAAGGAAACCCCAUAAAAUCUAGACCGCUCAAAGUAAACUUCAUGGAAGGUGAUAUCAAUACUGUUCAAAACACAAGCAUAACAGCACUCUCAUCAAUUGUGGACCCCAACGUGAUUGGCUCUAAAAGCAUCACAAGUCCCCUCGAUGGUCCAUUGCAUACAGAGAGACAUCUCGCUAGCAUAGAGGCAUCAAUAACAUGCUCAUCCUCUGGAACAAAAUCUCCAGAAGACAUUACGCCAGAUGUUUUUACUUUCCAUGAUGACGGAGUAAAGAAGUAUAUUGAUGCAGACAGCGAUGAGGAAGAACAGCCUCCAAGUGGAAGGAACCCUUCUGGACCAACAAGUCUCAAAUACCGCAUCACAAAUAGUGACUAUCCAGGUCAGAAGGAAGGUGUCUACCGGAAAGAUGGGAAUUAUUUAGAAGAAUAUGCUGUAGCUUCUUCAGCAAAGCACUUUGGACAAAAUUGCUUGUACAAUAUGGAAAGUGUAACCGGUAGAGUUAAGAAAAGUGGCAACCAAGAAGGAAUCAAGUUGGACAACCAUAUCUCUCCAGAGAUUCACGUGACAUCAGGGGAAAGUGGCUGUUCCACAGCAUAUGAUGAUGACAUCUGACUUUAAGGUCUACCAGGCUACUAUCUGAGCUGGAAUUGUGAAAUUAAAGUACAUAUCCUCAAAAGAACAGAGCUUUGUAUUUUGCAUGGCAUGAAAAACUAUUUCAAGCAAGCCAGUGUUACCUUUACAAUAUAAAGGAGUGUUUAAUGGAAGGGAACCUGAGAACAUUGAUCAAAAUGUGAAGGUCCUGACCAUGGAAUAUUAGCACUGAAGAAGGGAAAAUUAUACCAAACUUUCUGCAAACUUCUGCUAACUCAUACCAUUAAAAUUUUAUCACAAUUAUUUUUCAGUACUAAGCCCCUUCUGCCAAUCCAGUGAUGACAGUGGAAUACAGUCUGAAUGUAGAAAUCAUGGUGUGCUCUCAGAGAAAUGCAGGAAGUAUUUGUUCCCAAAAAGCCAGAAAGACAAUGUUUUAAAAUAUUUUGGAACAUAAAUAUGUCAUUUGAAGGGUGCUGCCCGGAUUUCACUUACGGACUCUGGUUACAUAAUUGAACCACAUUGGAUCCCAUUAAUGUAUCAUGUGAUUUGUCUAGUGGAUACAAAUAAUCCUUGCAGCAAAGAAAGAAAAUGCUUGCCCUGAGGAUUUGCUUAUUUUAGUUCAGAUUAGGCUCUUUUGUUUGUAGAAUUGCAGUAUUUGCUCAACUUCCUUAAUUAAACCUUCGAGGAAUGCAUUAACAUUUCUGCACCAAAAUUAAAAAUGUAAUAAGAUUUUUUUAAUUGUAGUUUAUUCCAAAAAUAGUGAAUAUCAAGAAAUAUUCUUUGGUUCUGUGUAUUUGUUUAAUCAUGAUUUCUAGAUAACUCUUUUAAAAAAACUGCGAAGUAAAUAUUGUAGAUGUCAUGUAAAGAAAAAAAAGAUGUAUUUUUGAAGCUGGAAAUUUCUUUCAACAUUCACUGAUCUGAACUUGGGCCCUGAAUUCUUGGUUAGACAAAUAAAAAAGAAAUGGGGGGGGAGGGGUGAGUUGCACCAGUUAAAUGACAAAUAUAAAACCGCCUUUAUCAUUGUGAAGCUUCACUAUUACUUUAGGCCUAUAUUUAGUACAGUGGUUAGAACUGUCUUCAUACAAAGAAAAGGUGAAUGUAUUUAGCAAAUGAAAAAGGAAAUUGAUAUGAAAACUCUAACUACCUGUGUUAAGACUUCAAAAUUUAACUUCACCAUUUCUGUUAAUGUUAAUAUUGCUGCUAGGUGAUUUUCUAGAGUGGAAACAAAACAUUUUUUUGUUCUAAAUAUCUAAGCAUAUAAAUCCAUGUAGAAAUUCCUCCACAGCUUUGACAUAACUUUAUUGUAAACAAGGCCAGCGUUCCUUUUUGAAAAAGAAAAAUAUCACAUAAAAUUUCUUUAAAAAUUCCAUGGUGAAGAGUAUGCUCGCAGAUUUUAUUUUCAGAAUGCAUUAUCAAACCAAGCUCAGUGUGUUUACCAGAUUUGACGUUUACAGUUCUAAAUAAUAGAUUUAUUUUUAACAAUGGAAUAAUGCUUAUUUUUUCAUUCAGGCUGUCAAGAAGGUAUAGAUCUAAAUGAUUAAAAACUAGCACUUUGAAAAUGUUAAAGUUUUAUUUUUGGUAUAGUAAUCUUGUUAUAAAUACUGUCUUCAGUUCUAUCAGUAAGAAUGAUAGAACUGAAGUGUCCUUUGAAUGUAAUGGUAUGAAAGGCACCUCUGUAACAAAACCAUGUAUCUUCAGUCUAAACUCAUGUGACAUUUAAUGUUGGUUUCUGAGGACGUCAAGCUAGAUUAUGUAUAUGCUAGUUCUGUGAAUCCCCGAUAAAAGGCAAAAUCAGUAUGGAAACCAAAACAUAUAUACAUUUCUGAUUUCCCUUUCCCAAAUAUGUCUGUGU